AGCUUUGGGGACAGAGCCACCCGCGGCAUAGGUCGCCUCCUCCUGACCUCACGUCGCGGUGCAAUCAUCCAGACCAGAAACUUGAAUCCAGCGAAGACAUAGCAAGGCCAGAGACAGGCGCACUGAGUGAUGGAGCACAAGGAAGAUGAACUGGUAUUCUUUGUCAACGGAAAGAAGGUUUCAGUUGCGUCACCGGAUCCCGAGCGGACGCUGCUCUCCUUCCUAAGGGACAAACUGCGUCUGACAGGAACGAAGCUGGUCUGUGGCGAGGGCGGAUGUGGAGCCUGCACAGUGAUGGUGUCCAAGUAUAGACCGGACCUGAAGAGAGUUGUUCAUCUGUCAGUGAACGCUUGCCUGAUGCCGCUGUGCGCCGCCCACGGCCUGGCCAUCACCACCGUGGAGGGGAUCGGCAGCUCCAAGACCCGCCUACACCCAGUCCAGGAGCGUCUGGCCAAGUCUCACGGCUCGCAGUGCGGCUUCUGCACCCCCGGCAUCGUCAUGUCCAUGUACACGCUGCUGCGCAACAAACCGCUGCCCGACAUGCAAGACAUCGAGACCUACAUGCAAGGCAAUCUGUGCAGAUGCACGGGCUACAGAGCGAUUUUGGAUGGGUUCAAAACGCUCACGAGCGAAUUCAAAGGUUGCGGCGCCAAAAACUGCUGCCAACUGAACGGACAAGAGAACGGCUGCGGAGACGCCAGCAGUGGAAUGCCAGAGAACGGAGUGUACUUAGAGGAGGAACGGGUUGGAACGGAUCUAGUAGACAGUCACAAGUUUUCACCAUACGAUCCGACCCAAGAGGCUAUCUUUCCACCGGAGCUUAUGCUGCAGCCAGAGUGGGCGACCCAGUCUAUGCGAUUUGUCGGUCCCAGGGUGACCUGGUACAGACCAGCCUCUCUCCAGGAGCUCCUUGACCUCAAGGCCACCCAUCCAGAGGCCAAGCUCGUCAACGGCAACACCGAAGUCGGGGUGGAGGUCAAGUUCAAGCACUGCGAGUAUCCGGUCAUCAUCAACCCCAGUCAGGUACAGGAGCUGACCUCUGUGACCUGGGACCAGGCGGGCGUGACCUUCGGCGCCGCUUCAACUCUCUCUGACAUCGAGCAAGAGCUGCACACAGCUAUCAGCCAGCACCCCGAUUGGAAGACUCGAGUGUUCUCUGCGAUCACGGAGAUGCUACGCUGGUUCGCUGGAACUCAGAUUCGCAACGUAUCCGCGAUCGGUGGCAACAUCAUGACCGGCAGCCCGAUAUCGGACCUGGUGCCCUUGCUGAUGUCAGCCGACAGUCAGCUGACCCUGGUGACGUCAUCAGGAAAGAGAAGGACGGUCCCUAUUCGUGGCUUCUACACGAGCUACCGGAGGAACGUGGCCCAGCCGGACGAGGUUCUGCUGUCUGUGACCGUGCCUUUCACAGCAGAGAAUGAGUUCUUCAUGGGCUACAAGCAGGCACAUCGCAGAGAUGACGACAUUGCCAUCGUCAACGCGGGCAUAUUUGUGCGCAUGCGCGGAGAGACGGUCGAAACGUUCCGCGCAACCUACGGAGGAAUGGCGCCGACUGCCGCGUCGGCCACGAAGACCGAACAGGCCUUGAUUGGCAGGACCUGGGACGAAUCGCUGCUGAACAGCGCCAUUGACCUCUUGCUGGAGGAUCUUCCGCUGGACGCCAGCGCUCCGGGAGGCAUGGUCGAGUACCGGCGGACGCUCACCAUCAGCUUCUUCUUCAAGUUCUUCCUGCAGACGACUGCCUGGCUGACGGGGAAGCUGGACAAGGAGAACGCCUCCGUGCUGGAGACGUUCCACAGGCCGGCACCGGCCUCCUCUCAGCUCUUCCAAGUGGUCCCCAAGAACCAGCCGGUGCAUGACCUGGUGGGUCGGCCAGUCACGCACGUCUCAGCGCUCAAACAGGUCACGGGCGAGGCCCAGUACUGCGAUGACAUUCCCUCCCUGGAGGACGAGCUGCACGCGGGACUGGUGCUCUCGUGUCGCGCCCAUGCUCGCAUCAUCAGCGUGGACGCGGACAAGGCACUGCGAGAGCCCGGGGCCACUCACUUCAUCAGCGCCAAGGACCUGGAGCCAGAGAAGAACAGGACAGGACCAGCGUUCCUAGACGAAGAAGUUUUCCGUGCCGAGAAGGUGACCUCCAUGGGUCAGAUAAUCGGCAUCGUUCUGGCGUGUGAUCGCGCCACUGCCCAGCGUGCUGCCAGAAAGGUCAAGGUCACAUACGAGGAGUUACAUCCUAUCAUCACUAUUGAGGACGCCCUUCGCGAGGAGUCGUUCUUCGCGCCGCAGCAGCAGUACGAGCAUGGGGACGUGGAUGCGGCCAUCACUGCCUCCCCGCACGUCGUCGAGGGCUCCGUGCGGAUGGGAGGCCAAGAGCACUUCUACCUCGAGCCCGUCGGCUGCAUCGCUGUCCCCAAGGAAGACAACGAGAUGGAGGUGUUCGCGUCAACUCAGUGCCCCGCAGGAACUCAGAUGAACAUAGCCCGUGCCCUCGGCGUUCCCGCCAAUCGCAUCGUCUGCAAGGCGAAGCGCCUGGGCGGCGGCUUCGGUGGGAAAGAGAGUCGCACCUUCUGCCUGUCGACGGCGGUGGCCGUGGCUGCGAACAGGUCGGGCCGUCCGGUGCGGGCCAUCUUGGAGAGGGACGAGGACAUGGCGUCCACCGGCACCCGACACCCAUUCCUGGGCCGCUACCGGGCCGGCGUCACCCGGCAGGGCAAAGUGAACGGAGUCGAAAUGUGGCUCUUCGCUAAUGGCGGCUACAGCGCCGACUUGUCCGUGGGGGUGAUAUCUCGAGCGACGACCAGCUGCGACAACGCGUACUGUUUGCCGACGUUCCGGAUCGACGGCAAAAUCUGCUUCACCAACACACCCUCCAACACGGCCUUCCGCGGCUUCGGCGGGCCGCAGGGCUGCUUUCUGGCGGAGACCAUGAUGGAUGACAUUGCAAACCAACUACACCUGGAUCCCAUUGAGGUCCGCAGGCUGAACAUGUACCACGAGGCCGAGCUCAGCAUCACCAGGCAGCCUGUCCUCCACGUCACGCUGGAACGCUGCCUGGACGAGUGCAUCCGGAGGUCGGAAUACCAGCAGGCGAAAGAAGAGGUUGAAAAGUUCAACAGCUCGAACCGCUGGAAGAAGCGAGGUCUUGCCGUGAUUCCAAACAAGUACGGGAUCGCCUUCGGCCUGGAGUUCUUGAACCAGGGUGGUGCGCUGGUGCACAUCUACAGAGACGGCUCUGUUCUAGUCACCAUUGGUGGCGUUGAGAUCGGGCAGGGGCUCUACACAAAGUGCUACCAGACGGUGACUCGCGCUUUGGGAGUUCCGGUGGAGAGUGUCUACAUCAGUGAGACGUCAACGGAUAAGGUGCCCAACGCGGUGCCGACGGCAGCGUCCAUGAGCACAGACUUGUACUGCGCUGCCGUAUUGGACGCCUGCGAGCAGCUGCGCCAGCGUCUGGCUCCGUUCCGCCAAGCCAGCCCACAGGCCGCCUUCCAGCACUGGGUCAACGCUGCCUACAUGCAGCGAGUUAGCCUCUCCGCCUGCGGGUUUGAAAAAACACGAGGCUUGACGUACAACCCAGAAUCGAAGACUGGUGCUAUGUUCGCCUACUACGUGUACGGAGCCGCAUGUUCGGUGGUGGAGAUCGACUGUCUCACUGGAGAUCAUCAGGUUCUGCGGGCAGACAUAGUGAUGGACAUCGGCGAAUCGCUGAACCCGGCCAUCGACAUUGGUCAGAUAGAGGGCGCAUUCAUGCAGGGAUACGGUCUGUUCUGCAUGGAGCGACUGAAGUACUCGCCGAAGGGGUUCAACUACACCCGCGGACCGGGCGCCUACAAAAUACCAGGGUUCGGCGAUAUCCCACUGCAGCUGAACGUGUCACUGCUGAGAGGCACCUCCAACCCGCGCGCCGUCUACUCGUCCAAGGCGGUGGGCGAGCCGCCUCUGUUCUGCGCCGCCUCGGUCUUCUUCGCCAUCAAGGAGGCGAUCAGAGCGGCUCGGCGCCAGCAGGGCGUGGAGAAGCCGUUCGACCUGCACAGCCCCGCCACCCCCGACCGCAUCCGGAUGGCAUGUCAGGACACGCUCACCGACAAGCUGCCUCCCAGUCCUGCACCUGGGAGCUUCGUGCCCUGGAUGGUUGACCUUUGAGGUUCUUCUGAUGCUGGCGGUGGACGCGCGUCUCUAAAACUGACUGCAGAAUAUUCAUCGCUCUGGGGAUGUUUGAUUGAUGAGUUGUGACUUCCACCUGUUAUUUCAUGAUUUGACGUGGCACAAAGCAGGCGAAAAGGGGCGUAGAUUACUCAUGGCUGAUGUGGUGUUCGUUGCGAUGCUGAAAUGCUGAUAAUCUUGUGUGAGUGGCGUGAUCCACGAUCAAAAUGGCUCCCAUGUUCUUCACUAUGGAUGAAAUGUCCGGUCAUGUAAGCCGAAAUAGGCUCAGUCACUUUUUUGGCUCGGUGCAUUUAGCUCCGCUUAUAUUUUUUAUGCCGGAAGUGGGAUAUGGAUGUGCUUUGUGAUGCAAUAGUCUUAUCAUAUCAUGCAGUGAAUUAAUUGCAAAUUGUUGUACAGGUUACCUCUAGACAUGUCUAUCUGCUCAUGGUAACCUAAGCAAAGCUCCGGUCCUUGUGUCACGAUUCUUAAAGUCUAGAAUAAAAUGCGACGAUAUAUGCUUACAUCGAUGCAAUUUAGCUAAACAACCUUUUAGGCGUGCAUUCAAAAUCGGGUGCUGGUAUCGCAAACUGGAAUCAAGCGUGUUCGCCCCAAAUUCGUUAAUACACAUGUACAUGUUAUUGUG